ACUGACAUGAUGGCACAUUGUAACUUCUUUGGAUAUGUCCUGUUAAUGGCAGCAGUGAUUUUUUCCUCCCUGAGAACAUUAAACUCUGUGGAGGAGCUGCAUCAGACAGGUUUUGGUACACCACCUCCAAGACAUGGACUCGCACUGCUUGUGUGGUAUGUUCAAAACUGUAUUGACAACAACAUGGUGUCUCUCUGCAACCCCAUGGAAGGUGAUUACGGUUUCCAUGAGUUCAAGAAUGCUGGACCGUUUUUUCUCCUACCCAAGCUGAAGGAUAAGAAGACAUAUGGCUACUUCACCAUAGGAAACCUUAAUUACAAACAUGCCAAAGAUCUACCCUAUGAAGUCAGAAAAUAUUAUAAUCCACAUGACCUAAAGAGCAAUAUGGACAGAGUCAUUGUGAAGUAUAAUAAAAACAAGAACAAAAUCGAGGAGAUAUUCAUUUCAGAGCACUAUAAGAAGGUAAAGACAUAUAUUGUCGGUUUGCCUCUUAUCACUGAGUUAAGACAACAGUGUUAGUCACAAAGAAAUGGGCAUAAUAAAAAUUGCUGGAAUGUUUCAUACAAAAUAUAUUUUAAAAACUGUUUUAUUUGCUUGUCUGUAUAGUAUCUUAAAAAAAAAUUAAUAAACCUACCUUUUUUUAAUCUGAA